UUCCUCGAGCACGAUGAAUUUCAACGUAUAACUGGUGCCUAGAAUCUGGUAGCGAGAUUUACUUGUCAUAAUGUGUCGUUGCACGUAUGUCAUGCCAACUCAUUGAGAUCUGAUGCCACAGAAUAGCGGGAAUUUUAAGCAGGGUCUUAGUUCAGAUUCAAUUAUUGACACUUUCUAGGUCUCCGAGGUCCACAGGCCAUAUGUUGCAAGUGUUUCAAAGUUUCGUCCUGCCUGUCCGAUUCAUAUCCAACCGAUCCCUUUUCUUCCUCCGUACGUUAUGGACAAGGAAUAUUCUGCUCAGUACUCUCCUGUCGAUGAAGUGGACGACGAGGAUGCGAAGCUUCUCCAUAGGGGUACAGACACCAGACCUCAUUCAAAGUCCCGCCUGCUUCACGUAUCGCUGUGGCUCAUACAUGGCGUGCUGAUAUCCGCAACGUUACUCUUCUUCACGCUAUGGGCACGGGCACCUUCGAAGGAUGCCAUACUCCUGUACUCUCCAGCGAACGAGGCUAUUGAAUCCAAAGGCAUCGUGAGAUUUAACGGAAGUUGGGAUCACCGUUCGAUAUACCGCGGUAGUCCGUCUCCAGAUCUCGAAGCAGCUUGGAAUAGAGUAACUAUCGAUGGGCGCCUAUUGGAUAUGACGCUCGAACAACUACUCAGAACAGGGGAAGAACCUGCCCCAUUCAUGGCUAGGUAUCCGGAAGAGCACGGCGGAAAUUAUUUAGCGAGUGUAGAGGUCAUUCAUCAGCUCCAUUGCAUAAACAUGGUUCGCCAAUCCAGCUGGGGUGACCAUUACCUAACACACGAUCUUGACUUCGUCCGGUCCCCUGGCGCAUGGCGCGUCCAUCUUGAUCACUGCAUCGAAAUUCUCAGACAGAUCAUUAUGUGCCGCUCUGAUGUAACAAUAGCUACUUACAAUUGGGUUGAGGGACUCGAUGAUCCUUACCCAAACUUCAACGUUCCUCAUCAAUGUAGGGACCUCGAGAAGAUCUUGGAUUGGGUAGAUGGUCAUCGUGUUCACGUCUCUCAAUCGGAAUUAAUCCGCCAAGAGGAUAAUGUUGACCUUCCAUCCCCACCCUGAUUGUAUUCUCGACCCAUGGAGGAUCCACAGGGGGCAUGAUAUCACAUCACGAAUGUAACUAUAACUUUGCUAUAAGAUGGGUUCCAUAGUACUUAUAGGCUGUUGCACAAUAAACUCACUUCGAUAUCUUGUAAGGUCGACGACUUCUACUGAACGUACCAAGGUAGUUCUACGACCAUCGGGAGAACUCUUGACAGCUUAAUAUUUAUGUCUGCUGAUAUAGUUAUCCACAGUAGCUAGCUCAAAGCUAACCAAUAGGAGACAGAUAAUGAGCAACACAGCAUGACGUAGUAGACACAAUAGCACCCGAUGCCGGCGGUUAUUCGUUGUAGAAUGCACUUUAG